UUAUGCCCGUGGCUCGUUGAACGAUUUUCUCUGUGCGCAACAGCAAUAAUUUUGGCGAGUUCGUCCUUUGUUCUUCGCCGCCAAAAAUGGGUGUUCAUAAGAAGACGCGCAAGUUUCAGGUCAAAAAAAUCAUCGGUCAGCGAGAUGCUCGUCUCAAGAAGAAUCAAGAGACUGGCAAAGCGGCGGAAUCCAAGAAGAAAACAGACGACGACGUGAUACGAGAAGCGCCCCAAGUCUCGUCUUCUCUGUUCUUUCAGUACAACACCGCCCUAGUCCCGCCUUACAACGUCCUCGUUGAUACGAACUUCCUCUCCCACACCGUCCAGAAGAAACUUGAGCUGUUACCCACGAUGAUGGAUUGCCUCUACGCAAAGUGCAUACCGAUCAUUACAGACUGCGUAAUGGCCGAGCUCGAAAAGCUUGGGCAGAAGUAUAGGAUUGCAUUGCGGAUUGCACGAGACGAAAGAUGGGAGCGAUUGAAAUGCGGCCACAAAGGCACAUACGCCGAUGACUGCAUAGUAGACAGAGUCAUGAGGCACAAGAUCUACAUCGUGGCUACCAACGAUAGAGAUUUGAAGAGGAGGGUUCGAAAGGUGCCUGGAGUACCGAUCAUGAGUGUGGCUCGGGGGAAAUAUGUAAUUGAGAGACUUCCAGAUGCCCCCGAGAAGUGAAACUCCAAACAACCUUUUCCUGUGACAUGAAACAACCAGAUGUUCCCAAGCAGAUAUUGCCGAGAAUGCGAGUCCCCCGUGCUCAGUGCCGCAAUGUUCACGCCCGAUAUUUCCACACUUUCCACCCCGACUCCAAUAUCCAAGCAAGCAGAGCCAGAGAGACGGCGCUCAGCAAGACCAUGGCGGCGAUGACCUUGUUUCGCAUCUGAAAAGCGUCGUCCAUCUCUCGCUUCGCCAAUUUGCGCUGAUGGGAAUGAUAAUAUCCAUCCUGGCUACCGGAUCGGGCAAAGAUGCUGCCAUAUGUUUGGCGGUCAAUGAGAAAUAAUGAUAUCAGAAAUGAUACGAACAGCACCGGUGCCACAAUCAAGCGACUGAGGAGGGGCUCGGCGAUGGGUGCAGAGUCGGAAGGCAUUGGACCACUUUUCUUUGCCGACAUGCUCACAAAAUCGUAUCACCAAAUUGCUGUCGACGGAUGAUUGUGAUAUAAGCCCUGAGGCGUCGCUCCAGGCUCUCACAUAGGGUUUGCUUUGAGGAUUCACGGCUCCCCAGGCUCCGAAACUGGGGAUACUGGGAUACAAAUGUGUCGCGUGGGGUACAGUGGGAGGAUGAAGCGGAAGUGCUCGCUUAGUAACAUCAACUGUGUGAUGUCAUUUGACGCUUGACUUUCUGAGGGUCAAAAAGAAGAUAAAGUCAUCAAGCUCAAAUCAAUUUGGUGCAUCAGCUUGGUUACUUGGGGGUGGCUACCGGAAAGCUCCCUCUAUGCCGGACCAAGACGGGAUUUGUGGGAGCGACAUUUUAUGGUCGCAGCCUAGCCAGCCUCGAUAAUGACCGAAAGCAACAAUCAAAUGACGACAAUGUCCAAUACGAUGCGCAAAUUAAGAGUGGCUUACAUAGAGCAUACCUGGUACUUAUGUCAUGCCCGCACAGCAGGGACAAGCUCAGCUUUGUAUGCAUAUGUAAAAUAUCCGUUUUCUAGCAUUGCCCUCUAACCUCUGAAGAUGGCUUCAUGAGCCUAGUCGUUGGAGCAGGAGGCCUUCAUAGUUGGUCUCCCGUCCUCAAAUUUUAAUGCGUGC